ACCUCUUUAUCCCAAACACCCCCCCCUACCAGUCCAAUUCGACAGAAAGGGACCGCAUAUAGGCAGUCGACUGUUUGAGAUAUCAUUGAGGACGCUGCUGGUACACCGUUCUUUCACAUUUCUUGUGCUAAACCUCGUUCACGACCGAGGACGACCUUCCUGUUCUUCACGCGAGCACUGCUGAGUGCGGUCGAGCGUGUAUUUACGCGACAUAUACGACAAACGAGAUGCCUUCCUUUACGGCAGCUUACCCUCCAUCACCGGAUCCCUCGCGGUUCUUGAACCCAGGCGCAGCGCCCUCUCCACCACAGACAAAGCCGUACUCGAACUCGACAUCUUCAUCCCCACGGAGCCCUGCCUUGCGUUCUGCAAGUAGCAACGGCGAGCUCAAAUCUGGCUGGGCGUCAGUGAAGGAGGAUGGUCUCCGCGCGUGGAUUUGGUCAAAGAAGUGGUUGGUGUUGAGAGAGGGGAGUUUGGGGAUGUGCAAGAACGAGACGAGUACGGCGCCCACCGUGUUGAUUUUGUUGAAGGAUGUGGUCAGCGUGCAGAGAGUUGAGGUCAAGCCUUAUUGUUUCGAAAUUCAGACGAAGGCACGGACGUGGUUGGUCAGUUUGAAGGGCGAUGGAGAGUUGUAUUCGUGGAUGGAUGAGAUUUAUUCGCGGUGCCCACUCAUGGGUGUUUCAAACCCUACGAACUUUACUCACCAGGUCCAUGUCGGCUUCGAUCCUAUCUCUGGCGGCUUCACCGGCCUUCCCGACGAAUGGGCGAAACUCCUAACAGCAUCCGCCAUCACGAAGGAAGAUUACGCAAAAAACCCUCAGGCAGUUAUCGAAGUUCUCGAGUUUUACUCUGAUAUCCGGAAGAAAGAGCAGGAAGAGUUUGGUGGUCGUCAGCAGCCUGCAGGAUUCCCGGCUAAGCCUGGAGCGAAUGACGCUUGGGCGAGCAUGUCCCACAAGGAUGUACCGAAGAACAAGCUGCCCGCGGCGGCACCACCUGCACCACGGGUUCCUCAGGAAGCAUUCAACAGGAUGAAUCUUGGACCGUCUGGACCCAGUCCGCAGAGACCCGCACCGGCACCACCUCAAGUCCAGCGACCAUUGUACCAGAUGCAGCGGACGCAAACGGACAAUGUUGGUUUGAGCGUCCAGCCACGCCCAGCACCCGACCACCCCAUUCAGCCUCCGAACGUGCGACCAAGAACGCCGCUGGGUCCCGUUCAGCAGACUAAUGGCGUUCAUGGUAUGCCUACGCCUAUGAAGACUCCGAGCCCGUUGCCGGUAAAGAGGAUUGAUGCACCGGUCCCUAUGGCGAAUGCUGCUGCCGCGGCAGCGGGUAAGGCUAUGGGUCAAAGUCCACACAUGCCCCAACAGAUGCCCAGGCCGAAUAUCAUUCCCCAGCGUGCGGCACCUCAGAUGCCUCCCCAGCGAGUUCCAGCUCGAUCGAUGCCGUCCGCUGCGCAGCAGUUCACUAAGCCGCUGAAUGUUCCCGCGCAGAAGCCCGCUUCGAAGCCGACGAGUCCGCCGCCUGUGGUUCAGGUCAAGAAGCCUGGUCAAGGCGGUGAGAAGCGCAUCAGUGCUAUGAGCGAGAGUCAGAUCAUGGAGAAGUUGAGGAGUGUGGUUAGUACCGGCGACCCCAACACGCUCUACAGCAAGAUCAAGAAGGUUGGGCAGGGUGCGUCUGGAAGUGUGUAUGUCGCGAAGCAGUUGACCGGAGGCUCGAAUAAGGUUGCGAUCAAGCAGAUGGAUUUGGCGCAUCAGCCUAGGAAGGAGUUGAUUGUGAACGAGAUCUUGGUGAUGAAGGAGAGUAGGCAUGAUAAUAUUGUCAACUUCCUCAAUGCCUUCCUUGUUGGUUCGACGGAGUUGUGGGUUAUUAUGGAAUUUAUGGAGGGUGGAGCUCUCACUGAUGUCAUCGACAACAACACCCUUGAGGAGGACCAGAUUGCGGCGAUUUGUGCGGAGACGGCAAAGGGCUUGCAGCACCUUCACUCCCAAAACAUCAUUCACCGAGAUAUCAAGAGUGAUAACGUCUUGUUGGAUGCGGCAGGUCAUGUGAAGAUCACGGACUUUGGGUUCUGUGCGAAAUUGACGGAUCAGAAGAAUAAGAGGGCGACGAUGGUUGGAACGCCGUAUUGGAUGGCUCCUGAGGUUGUGAAGCAGAAGGAAUACGGCGCAAAAGUCGAUAUUUGGUCGCUCGGUAUCAUGGCCAUCGAGAUGAUCGAGAACGAGCCACCCUACCUCGACGAAGAACCCUUGAAGGCACUCUACCUCAUCGCGACGAAUGGUACACCGACGCUGAAGAAGCCGGAUAGGCUCAGUGCGGAGUUGAAGCAGUUCUUGGCGGUAUGCUUGUGUGUGGAUGUCAGGAGUCGUGCGACUGCGAAUGAGCUGUUGAAGCAUCCCUUCUUGGGUAAGGCGUGUAGUUUGUCGAGUUUGGCGCCGUUAUUGAAGUUUAAGACUGCGAAGUCGUGAUUUGCUGUUUGCUUAGAAGAGAAUCCAGAGAGACGAAGGAGGUGGAAGAGCUUGAACUUUUUUGGCAUGUUGGCGCAUGUGUUGCGGAGUAUACCGCGUCGCUGGUUCGACACAAAUCUAGAAGACACAUCUUGUUUUCGAUAAUAUUUAAGCAAAUUCCUAUGCUGCUCAUACCCGCUCUGCCAUCCAAUCCUUCCAAGCCUGAACAUCAUUCUUAUCCACACUCCCCGACACUACAUCAACCUCCAUACCCUCCAGCAU